UUAAUAUCUGCAAAUUGCAGUGCUUGCAAUUUGUAGUAAUGAACAACCUUUGAAAGGGAUUAUUGCUAAUUAAAGACAUCUUAGUCUUGAACCUAUCUAUCCAAAGGUGGAGUGCCCACAAACUAGUGUUAUCCACGUAUUGGCGGCCAUGACAAUAAUGGCUUCCCAAGCAACAGCUACUCAAGAAGUCAAUAAAUACCGUAAAGGGACUUGGCUAGAGGAAGAAGAUGAGCAAUUAGUGACUUUUGUAACCCUUUUCGGGGAUCGAAAAUGGGAUUUCAUAGCAGAAGCAUCUGGUCUAAAGAGGACAGGCAAGAGUUGCAGGCUGCGAUGGCUGAAUUACCUCCGCCCUAAUCUUAAGCGUGGUCAGAUAAGUGCUGAAGAAGAGCAAAUUAUUGUCCAGCUUCAUGAGCUAUGGGGUAACAAGUGGUCAAAGAUUGCUCGAAGGUUGCCUGGAAGAACCGACAAUGAGAUCAAGAACUACUGGAGAACUCAUCUGAAAAGGAAACUGCAAGCUCAAGAAGGAAAGCAAGAUUUCUUAUAUCAGAAAACGGAUCCAAGUUCCUGGAAUUAUGACAUGGAAGAGUAUAAAUCUGUAGGAACGACAGAUUCCUCCUUGGACCAGAACUAUGAGUUAUCGAGUUUCACAUACUUGAAUUCACCAUAUGAAACAAGGUUACAUGAUUGGAUGUCAUCAGAGUUAUCAGGUGAUAAAACUGAAGUGAAAAUUCAUGGGGAUUGUGGAGGUUUUGAUUCGAAUUUCUGUUAUCUGAAAUGGAAUUCUGAAGAUGGUGACAAUAGCGUAUCGGAUUCCUUGGGCUCUCUCUGGGAUAUGAACUGAGCUUUCUUACACUCGGAGGUUGAUGAAACAGACAUGUUAACUGUGUCAUAAGUACCAGCUUGUAUAAAUUUCAAGUUUCACUUC